AUGAAAUUUGGUGCAACCUCCGAGAAAGGCAGAAGGGGAAAGAAGGCCGGAUAUGGGAGAAGGAAAGGGAAAGGGAAAGGGGUGCCACCACGCGUCUGUCCGCUGACUCUUCUGCCUCGCGAAAUAUGGGAGAGAAUUGCAGCAAGGGUUGCGUCGGCCUCGAUCCAUGAUCUGUUUAACAUGCAGGCGACCUGCAAGGUGUUUUUGGAUGCAGCCCGCUCAUCUGCGGUGUACAAUGUGGCUUCCAUGGCGGAGCUACCCGUCGUGUUCGGUUAUGACUUGGAGGACCGUCCUGAGGAUGGGUUCCUUUAUAAAAGUGCGCGCGCAGGAAAUCCGGCCGCUAUAUUCCGUAUAGGAAUGAGGGAAUUCUUCUGGAUGGGCCGAGAAGUCGGUGGGUGCGACACCUUGCUUGAGGCCGCCGAUGCAGGCGACGUCCAAGCCCGCUACAUGUGUAAAAACUUGUUAUCCCUUCUCUUUCCUUAA